GUUGUCGUGAAUAAUCCGCUCGUCUGGUGCUUGCGGCUCGUCGUGGCAAGAAAACCCGUCGUUGUUCCUAUUACAAUCGCUGAAGAUGAUCCUUAUCCUAGGAAUAAAGGAGGACGAUAUAUAGAAAUAUUCACUUACCCGCUUUUCUUCAUUUUUGAAUGGACAGAACUUGAGACGGGUGCAUUAGGGAAGAACGGAGAAGAUGACCGGCGCGAGCGCCUCGGCGCGUCCCUACGCUGUUCUUUCGCCGGUCAAGAUGAGGCACUCUCUCGUGUUUAUUCGCUCUCCACUUCGGUGGUUGCUUUUCGUCUUUGCGACCCUGCUGGACGUCGCUGCUUACGUCGCCCCCAUUGACACGAACGGCCGAAAUGCCACGCAGCAAUACGAGGACUGGUUGGCGAACAAGACGGUUCUGAAUUGGCUCGAGGAGGGCGAUGACGACGGCCGUGCGCACUUCCGCGGCCGCGCUAGCGCCGCACUGUCCAAGGUGCACUGCGGGACCAAGGGCCCCGAGGGCAAAAGAACGCCACAGCACGAGAUGCUCCACGGGUCGAUUAUGCGGCAGGCUUGGGACACGGUGCGGAACUUCUUGAUCAAAGUUAUGCACUGCCACGCCCGUGAUCCCGUCAUCUCUAAAAAUGUCUCAGAAAUGGCCUCGGGAAUGUAAGGCGGAGGCAAUUCCCACAACGCCGGCGCCCCUCCUUGUGGUUGCAGGGAAGAGGGGCAUACAAGGCGUCGAGCCGGGCCACCGUAAAGCAGCUUCCUCGAGACGCGGCGCCCGCUGCCGUAUUUGGCGCAUUUUUGUGGCGCGCAAUGCGGGCCGCGGCUGGCGUUGACGUCCGGGCGCCGCCCGUUUGCCCCUUAUCCCUUUGCCGGCCUCCCCUUGCAUAUAUUUAUGGACGCGAAGUGCCGCAGCGCCACACUUGUGUCGGGCCGAUCUGUGCCCGCUUUGCUUUCGUUUUGUCGCAGGCGCGCCGGCGUUUUGUCCGCCGCCCGGUUCGAAGCAUUGGAGGCGCCCCGCGGCCUGCCCCUGCAUUUCCGCCGCCCCGGCGGCUCAGUGCCUGCUCUGACAGAUUGGGACCUUCAGCGGGGUUGCCUCUGUAAGAAGGCAGCGCGCCGGCCUUGCCGCUGUUCCUUUCUUUGUUUCUUUGGCAGCCAGGCACGGGCCCGGCCUUGCUUUCUGCGCUGCGGACUGAUUUCUGGCCCUGCCCCCUUGUGGGCGGCAGGCACGGCCGGCCUCACCCGGGAGGGCAACCAACUGCCGGCCCCCCAUUGGUUGGCCGCCUGCCGGCGCCGCUUGGCCACGGCCGGCCGCUUCGUCAGCCCAUUGUCGUGGCGCACUGAUUUCGCACGCGCAGGCGCGCCCUUUGGCGCCCGGGGGACUUUGCCCUGUUUUUCUAGAUCACAGGGCCACCGUGUCACGCGCGUGACACGGGCGGACCCGGCUUCGUUUUUUCUCGUCUCUAGCUGGUCUUGGGUGGUUUGGUGGCAAGCAGAAUUGCUUCAGUCAGUUUCCCUUCUACCGCCCAAGCCCAGGGCGCUGCCACGUGUGUGUGUCUAUGAUUGGCAUCCAAGGAGGUCUUGGACCUGGGGCGAAGGCCUCAGGCUCAGCCCGCGAGCCCUUCCUGGCUGCUGCCAGCCGGACCGGCCGCCGGCCGACAGUCAGCCAGGCAGGCGCCCGGUUUUACAAAAAAACCCAAAAAAGUUGCGCGCGAUUUCCCUUUAGAAAAAAACCAAAACCGAAGACGGGCCAACUUCCCGGCCUUUCCCCGAUGGUAUGAGGUCGAUCAGGCCGGCGAUUUUCCACAUUUCUGGCCUUUAGGAAAUCGCGCGCUGGCCUUUCAGGAAAUAGCGCGACCUUGGCCGGCGACACCUACCGCGCGCACUACGCUGAUGGUAGGCGGCCCGGUGUGUGCCGUUGCAGGGGCAGGCCGCUGGCCCGGCGCGCUAGCUGGGCACCCAGGGAAAGGCCGCGGAUUGGGGGAUGCCUUUGGGGAGGGUUGGAAUGGAUGGGCCCGGUUUUUCUUUCUUCAGGGAAAUCGUUUGGGGGGGAAGAAGCCAGGGCCCCUCUCGGUUUUCCCCAAGGAAACCUGCCUGGCGCGUUUCUUACAAGCGCACAAGCAAAGACUUGUCUUACAAGCACACAAGCUUACAAGCUUACAAGCACAGGCCUGGGACACGGUGCGGAACUUCUUGAUCAAAGUGCACGAGUGGCACGACGAGCACGUGGAUAUGGCCCCCGAGGAAACGGAGCGCUGCAAGAAAAUGAUCUUCGACCAGGUACAGGAGGCCGUGAAGGAAGUGAAGGCGGAGGCGGACGAUCUGAAACGGAGCGUGAUCGACAAAACGUACCUGGAGCGGAAGGGGAAAUAUACGAAAGUGAUCCCGGCGUACCAGUGGGCCCAGAACCGCACCCACGUGUUUUUGCUCUUGAAAAUGUCCGCGCGCUGGAACGCCCCGGGCGCGCUGCAGAUGAUCCACGGCCCGCCGAAAAAGGGGGAAAGCAAGGCAGCCGCGGACAAGGAUCCGUUCCCCAGCGUCAACGUCGUGAAAAACAUCUACAACAUCACCACGGUGCUCAACUUCACGGCGUUUGGGCAGAUUUCCGCGGCGAAGUACCACUACCAUUUGCAAAUUUCCCUGUUCGACCAGAUUUUGACGAACCCGGUGGUGAACUUGAACUCCGUGGGGAAAUUUAUGCUGACCGCGGAAAAGAAGCACCAAGUCUGGUGGAAGCAAUUGCUCGGUUCGGUGGACAACAAGCAGAAAGCGCAGCUCUGGACGGAGCAACAAGAGAAGGAGUGGAAACUGGACCCCAGUUUUAAUGGUACCGAUACGGAGGUGAAGGAGCUCAGCCCGAAUCUCUGCGCGAACAGCAAGGAGAGGCCACACAGCAAGUACUGCCGCUUGAAAGAUAAGUGUGUCCUGGACUGCGCGGUCUCCUGCGACGACAAGCUGGCGACGGUGAAAUACAACGAAUGCGUGGGCAAGCCCUACGCGGGCGUCGAACGAUGGAAGCCGGCCGCAAAGCGGCAACCCGUUGCCAUAGCUUUCAAAGACACCGACGUCCGCACGCAGCAUUUUACCGGCUGGGCCCAGGUAUGGUGAAGGGAAAAAUUUUGUGGGUGUGGCUUAUAAUAUAGUUGAGUGCGACAAUUUAUCAACAUUGAUUUGGUUUCCGCUGUUAAAAAGAAGGAAAGUUUUUCGUAGUUUUACUUGAAAAAUAUUUUUACUUUUAGAAAUAAUCACACUGAACUUCAUCGCGAGGUAAAAGUGUACGAUUGGGGCACACUGGAGCGCGUGGAGGUGAGCGACCCCUUCGUCACGAAAAAGCAGGGCGUUCGCAGUGUUUUCAACGUCACGAGAAAUUCCAAGCGCGAGUUUUAUCUGAACGACUACUUCAGCCCGAUGGGCGCACUGCAGUUGCAGAGUUUCAACGAAUUUGGCCCGUCCGACCUCCUUCCGGUGCAGUCCUAUCUGACCGACGCGGCGUGGUUGCCCACUUUGAAACCGCACCGGUUCAGCUGCGAGGACCUGGACGGGCGAAAAGGCUAUGUCAGGCUGGAGUGCAAAAUCGCGCGGUGGAACCCGCUGGAAGAGAACCCGCCCAACAUGAAGCACAAGCAGGACGAGCGCGUUGUCGACAUUCUCGCGACCGUGCGCUACCAGCUCCGUUUUGCGGAAAAAGUUCCUAAACGGGACGCGGACUUGACGGACCUGCUGCGGACGCUGAACAGCACCAGAGGAAGCGACCAGGACCCCUUUCCGCAAAACACUGUGCGUGGCGGGGAGGAGGCUCCGAUAUGGUACAGCUCGGCGCAAGAGGGCGACCUGAUCCCGGCUAAGGCCAAGUACAUUGUGGCGCUCCCGUUCAGCGACAGAGCGCCCGGGUACGCGAGUACCUGGAGCACGUGGAAGAUAGUGGAUUUUCACGAACAAGAUGAGGGCAAGGGUGAGGGCGGUGCCGAUGUUGACGGAGCAGAGGAUGGAAAAGAGCCACAGGCGGCAGCAGAAAAGAAGGCAGAAGAACUAUGAAGCCGCAUAUGCGUUGAUAAUCAUGCAGGAAUUGCGCGCUACUCAUGGACGAACACAAAGUUGUAGUAAUUGCAUGGGCUGCGACGGGUCUGGGACCACUGCCGGGCGCGACUAGCCCCGUAUGCCGGUCGGAUUUUCGAAGAAAGUGAAACCGAAAUGAAAAAUGUUCACGUCGCUCGAUGACUUGUCCACCCGCCACGCUGCCGCGGCGGCACUUUGUUGUAUCCACUGAGGUCGCGAGCGUGCUAAUCUAUGCCAGACGAAAGCCAUCAAAGCAAAUUUUGUACAGAUGCGCCACGUAGUACGAAAAAGAGUGCGCCUUUCUUUUGCUGUCAUUCUGAGGCGCACAAAAACUUACCUUUGAUGACGUUGUCUAUUUUGCUUCAAAACGCAUACGAAAGACUAAGAAAAGGAUUUACGACGUGGUGGUAACGGACCGUGAAAAAUCAAAAUGCAUGCAUUCUUACACUACAAACAUGAUUGAU